CCACUCCACCACCCUGCACCACCGGACGUCCUCCCGGCGACAUAUUCGGCCGGACCCCUCCAGCCAGCUAGCUAGCUCACAAGAUGCUUGUGUGCUGUAAUUAGCAACCGGUCGCCCACAUCUUGCAACCGGUGCCACUGACAAUGGAGUCGUUCAUGAACGCAGGCUCCGCGCCAGCCCCAUCCGCGGCGAGGCCGCACGUCGUGCUGCUGGCCAGCCCCGGCGCCGGCCACCUCAUACCGCUGGCCGAGCUUGCGCGGCGGCUCGUGGAGCACCACGGCUUCGCGGCCACGAUCGUCACCUUCAGCGGCCUCUCCGACUCAGAAGCCCUCCCCAGCGGCAUCCCUACCUCCGUCUCCACCGUCGCGCUCCCGGCCGUCAAGAUCGACGACCUCCCCGCCGACGCCCUCCGUGGCAGCGUGCUCGUGGAGCUCAUCCAUCGCUCCCUCCCCAGCCUCAGCACCUUUCUCCGCUCCAUCGGCUCGACCACUCCGCUCGCCGCGCUGGUUCCGGACUUCUUAUGCUCCGCGGCGCUGCCCCUCGCGGUCGAGCUAGGCGUCCCGUGCUACGUGUUCAUCCCCAGUAGCCUCACCAUGAUCUACCUGAUGCGCCGCGUCGUGGAGCUCCACGACGACGCGGCCCCUGGCGAGUACCGCGACCUCCCGGAGCCUCUCGAGAUCCCCGGGGGCUUGUCGCUGCGCCGCGCAGACCUUCCGGUCCCGUAUCGCGACUGUAACGGGCCGGCUUACGCGCAACUGCUCCGGGGAGGCCGGCGAUACCGCCGUGCCGACGGUUUUUUGACGAACACCUUCUACGAGAUGGAACCUGCCAUGGCGGAAGAGUUCAGGCAGGCGGCGGAGCAAGGCGCGUUCCCGCCGGCGUUCCCCGUGGGGCCGUUCGUCCGGUCAAACUCCGACGAGGAAACCGGCGCGUCGGCCAUCCUAGAGUGGCUUGACAGCCAGCCGACAAGGUCGGUGGUGUACGUCGCGUUCGGAAGCGGCGGAGCGCUGUCUGCGGAGCAGACGGUCGAGCUCGCCGCCGGGCUAGAGGCAAGCAGACAGAGGUUCCUCUGGGUGGUGCGGAUGCCGAGCCUGGACGGCCGGACGUGUGCCUUCGGGGCCCGCGACGAUGACGACCCAUUGGCGUGGCUUCCCGAGGGCUUCCUGGAGAGGACCAGGGGCAGGGGGCUCGCCGUGCCGGCCUGGGCGCCACAGGUGCGCGUCCUGUCCCACCCGGCGACGGCGAUCUUCGUGUCGCACUGCGGGUGGAACUCGGCGCUGGAGAGCGCGGCGUCCGGCGUGCCGAUGGUUGCGUGGCCGCUUUACGCGGAGCAGAGGAUGAACGCCGCUCUGCUGGAAGGGACCCUCGGGGUGGCGCUGCGACCGAGAGCGCGAGAGGACGGCGGCGUCGUGGCGCGCGAGGAAGUUGCGGCCGCCGUGAACGAGCUCAUGGAGGGGGAGAGUGGGCGCGCCGUGAGGCGCCGGGCCGAGGACCUGCAGCGAGCGGCGGCACGCGCGUGGUCGCCGGAUGGUUCGUCGCGCCGGGCGCUGGAGGAUGUCGCCGCCAAGUGGAAGGCGGGCGCUGGAGGAUGUCGCCGCCAAGUGGAAGGCGGCGCUUGGCGGGGGGAGGUAACGCGGGUACAGUCUUUUAUUACUAUUAUUACUAGUUUAGCAACCAAUAAUAAUCCUGCACCUGCGGGCCUGACGAGCUACGGAUCCUUCCCGUUUAGCAACGACCUUCAGGGCCGGUCCAUACACAGCACACUCGCACCCGUUCAUGCCCUGCCUCUUUGUGCAGACAUUGGUUCCUUUGCAGCAUCUCCAUGUCGUCUCUGUGCAAAUACCUGUGACUAUACUGUGUUCCGCCGAAGAAUGCAGAAAAUGAGCUGCUUGUAUAACUAUCCGAGAACUGUAUGGAAUUGGGCAGGACGGAGGCUGCCUCUCCCUUUCUCCCGCGUCCGUUCACCAGGAGAAAGAGACAGACAUUGUACCAGUUUGCGACUGACUGACUGUUUGAUAGUGUUACAAGCUGAAUUCAGUUCAGUUCGGUUCAGGCGUCGCGGUCAUACCGGCUUGCAAUGCCACAAUCCUAUCCUUUGAUCACCUGAGAAAAAUACGAAGAAGUAAGGGAAAUACAUCCUGACAGAGAAUCGCAUAACAAAGGGGCCAAAUAUUAGCCCAACUACAGAGACUAUAUGAGUGGAAAUUUUGCAGAUAGAAUUAAGAGAACACAGUAGGAGUUGCUGCUGCUGUAGUGUGGUGUUCCUUUCCUAGGAAAUUGCAUAUUUCUUAUAUUCCAUAACUGCCAAGGAUGAAUGAUUCCUGAUAACCCGUAGAUUUCUUUCGUUCCAUAACUGCCAACACAUAGGCAUGAAUAAUGCGUGUCGAGAGAAAAAUGUGCUAAAACUCAAUGUCCAUGUGAAUUGGGCCAACUCGGUCUCUGAGCAAACCCCAAAGGCACGCUGAGACACGACAUUUCAAAAGAAGAUGAGUGGCUGUUUCCGACUCUCUUAUAAAGCUGACAAAGGCCACAUUUUGGCCAACCCUUUCCUUGAAGGUGAUCGGUGGUCCAAACUCUGCAUCGAAGUGGAGUCAGAAAUAAAACACUUCUUGUGGGUCUGUUGUCCUAAGCGUAGAGGAACCACGCCAAUACAUCCCGAAUUUGGUGGUUAAACUCUACUGUGGUGACGAUACUGUAGGGGAGGGGGCAGUUGCUCCACGAUUAGAUGAGGUUGUGGAGUAGUGUCCGCUUGCUGAGAUUCAAGUGAUGUUGUCGACUAAUUUGUAGACAUUUGAAAAGUAGAUGAGUGGUUGUUUCUA